CAUCAAUCAACUGGAAUAAUUUAGCUAUCUCACCUACCUAAAUGUUUCUAUUUCUCUGUCUCUAGUUCACCGUCUCGGGUCACACAGCCAACUUCUCUGGCGUUGACCCUUUUGACAUUCAAUCGCCGAUUUAAGAACUCUUCUAUCAUCCGACUUUUCAACCUACCUCCUCUAGACAUACGACGGUAAAUUCUAAAUCUAAUCGCGAAUCAUCGCGCCUAAGAUCUCGUCGCAUUUAAUCUAUUCGCCAUCGUCGACACUCGAAGUUUGAGUCAUUAGAACGAGUCAAAAUGGUGUUACUCUCUGAUUCAUCGUCGAUAAGUUCGCUAUCAUCAGAUUCACCUGAAGCCGAUAAUGACUUCGACGACACCGGCGUAAUUGAUGAGCCAGCCCUACCCCCAACAAAGCGACAAAAGCUAGGCGAUGUGUCUAGAGCCUCUUCUGCCAUCCACAUAGAACCCGAGCCCGGACAAGAAUCGGAUCAUGAUCUUGACGGCGACAUUUCCUCAGAUACUUCAGGUGAUAUACCGAAUUCGCCGAUAAACGCGAAACUUGAUGAAGAUGAGUUCCAGGAGCAGGUUACAGUUUGCGCGUGGGAUGGAUGCCGUACAGGUGAUCUAGGGAACAUGGACAAACUAGUUGAGCACAUACACAAUGACCAUAUCGAGAGCCGCCAGAAGAAGUAUACCUGCGAGUGGAUUGGCUGUCCUAGAAAGAGUAUGCCGCAUGCCAGCGGCUAUGCUCUGAAAGCCCAUAUGAGAAGUCACACAAGAGAGAAGCCGUUCUAUUGUUACCUACCAGAAUGCGACCGCGCGUUCACCAGAUCCGAUGCACUAGCGAAACAUAUGCGAACCGUCCAUGAAACGGAGGCUCUUCGACCUUCUGAUCCCGUACCGAAGUCUAUGCAGACCCAAUCCGGACCUAAGUCAGGAAAACUCAAGAUAAUAAUUAAGACUCCGCAAUCCCACGCCGCCGGUCAAGACGACGCCGUAGACGACGGGGAUACGGGUUCGGACAUGGCAGACUUCUUUACACCCCUCACUAAAGCACAGGGCUUUUCCAGCAAGGAGUUGGAUAUGGAUAUCAAGUCUCUCUACAAGGUGACCGUAGCGAAUCUAAAGUGGGCUAUGAAAGAAAGCGAGACUUUGAAACGAGAAUGCAAGGAGAUGGAAGAAAUCUAUAAGCAGGAAUGGCUUGAGAAGGAGACCUUGCUUGAUCAAGUUGUCCAAAUCGAGGAAGACUGGUGGCAACGACGCGAGCUGGUUCUCAAAGCAGAGGCUAAGGCACGAAUGGCUAAAAAGGAAGAGGCAGGAGCAUCACUGGAAGACAACCAAGAUGAGGUCAACAGUCUACAAGUCACAGCACCGAGCAUCAGCCAAUUGACGGACUAGGAGUUUUUCAGGGGGUUCUCUUUCGUAGCAAGAGGAAGGGUAUAAGGCUUUGUACCCGCA